CUUCAGGCUCCCUUGUGCCUUCUUGAAUCAACCUCAGGGCUCGUCGACUCUUUAUAGUCUUCAGCUUCCUUUGCUAACUUUCGGCAUACAAAGAUGUCAAUCUCACGAUCCCAUCUAUUAAAACUUGCUAUUCCUCUUGUUGCCGAAUCCGGCUUUACUCGCACAACUUUAUCCCGGUCGGUGCUGCAUCUCCCGUCUCCUCACUCGGAGCCUCUAUCCGACUCUGCUGUUUCUUCUCUCUUUGGUUCCGGCAAUUCAGCUCAGAAGACUUUGAUCAACGCAUGGCUCGAGAAUGGUCUGGACAAUAUGAAGACCGACAACCUCCCACCCCCUACUUUAAAAGAGGCUCUGCACACGAGGCUGUCCUAUAACGAGGCUGUUCUAGCACAUCUUCCCGAAGCGUUUGCUAUUCUUUGCGUCCCAGAAUCACGCAUGGCGCUCCCGCCCCUGGAUGCGGUGCCCGCGCUCAAGCAUGCAGCCCAUAUUGCCGACCAAGCCUGCUUCGUUUCCGGGCAAGGCCUGUCGAGGGAAUCCUGGUAUGCGAAACGUGCAUCCAUCAUGGGAAUCUACACUGCGGCAGAGUUGCAUCAACUCACUUCGCCGCGAACGGCUCACGCAUUCCUCGAUGAUCUGCUUGAGAGCUCGACAAAGAUUGGCCAGUCGGUCUCAGAUAUGAAAGAAUAUGCGCAUUACAUCUUUAGAAGCUGGGGAGGCCUUGCUCGGAGUCGCGGAUGGUAAACCCUGGAUAUGUACAUCGCGCUGUACGGUCUGCCAAUAUCUCAGGUCCCCAAGGGUCGAAGUUCGGUUCGAA